CUCUUCCACGUGGCCUACGUGCUGAUAAAGUUCGCCAACUCUCCUCGUCCGGACCUCUGGGUUCUGGAGCGAUCCACCGACUCGGGUCAGACCUACCAGCCCUGGCAGUACUUUGCCUGCUGUAAUGUUUCUGGUCCCACAUCUGUCCGGCAGCUGAUAACGUCCUCCUCUCCUCAGAUCGUGGUGUCCUUGGUGAACGGUCGUCCCGGCGCCAUGAACUUCUCCUACUCUCCGGUGCUGAGGGAGUUCACCAAGGCCACAAACAUCCGACUCCGCUUCCUGAGAACCAACACGCUGCUGGGACACCUGAUGGGCAAAGCUCUCCGUGACCCCACUGUCACCCGCAGGUAUUACUACAGCAUCAAAGACAUCAGCAUCGGAGGACGCUGUGUGUGUAACGGACACGCUGAGGCCUGCAACUCUAAGGACCCCAACGACCCCUACAG